GCGCAAUCACAUGCUGAAACUGAAAUGGCGAGUUAUGAAGCAGAAUGACAUCGCAGACACGUCGGUUUUUAUCAGGGACAGCAAAAACCCGCUUCAUAUAGUUUAUCAAAUCACGUUGCCGUACUUCAAGCGGACGCUCGAAGUCGACUUGAAGGCGAUAAAGAGCAAAGACAUGCCGGUGAAAAGUUAUCACGUCUGUCUCGUGUCCAAGACAAGCAGGAAUGGCGUGCGAAAAUUUUAUCCGGAACAGUGCCGGGAGUUGGAUGGCUCCUCAGCGACAGGUGAUAUUUCCAAAGUGAAUAACUGUUUGUUACUUUUAGCUCUAAUAGUUUAUGUUUCGUUGUAAUACAAGGCGUUUUUACUUUGUU